GGAUUAUUACUAAACCCUCGCAAAGAGAAGAGCGGAGCCGGCACUUGUUUUUCUCACAGCCACACAACAUUUCGGAACCCUCUUCCUUUUUUCAUUUCACUUUACAACAUGGCCAAGCAGGGCAAGAAGCGCUUCUCCAUCACCGCCGCUGGCGAGGAGUCCGGCGUCCUCUCAAGGGUGUCCCAGUCGCCGGCCGUACGUCGCACUAAGCAGGCUGCCUCGGAUGCCGCCUUUGUUGCGAAGAAGCUCCUCCGCAGCACUGGCAAGGCCGCCUGGAUCGCCGGAACCACGUUCUUGGUCCUUGUUGUGCCUCUCGUCGUCGCCAUGGAUCGCGAGCAGCAGAUCAACGAGCUUGAGUCUCAUCAGGCUAGCAUCCUUGGAACCCCUCCUCCUGCACUUCAGAAAUCUUAAUAGAUUCCGAUGAUUCUUGAAAGUUCCUCCGGUUGACAGGUUUUAGGGUUUGGUUUGUUUAUUUAUUUUCUAAUUCUUGAUUUGAAUUUUUUAUCUUAUUGUUUUAGGGGUGUGUGUUUGAUGCUGGAAUCUGGAUGUUUGGAACUUGGGUUUUGGUGUAUGACUGUAUGAGCAUAAUCCUGUUAACUAGUUAAAUCGGAAAUAGCAUAUUUGAUGAUA